AUGGCUUCAGUUGUUGGAAUUGACUUCGGUAACCUUGCGUCAAAGAUCGGAGUUGCAAGGAAGAAAGGAAUUGAUAUUAUUCUCAAUGAAUCAUCCCAGCGCGCAACGCCCUCUCUGGUCUCAUUUGGUCCCAAGCAACGCGCGAUCGGCGAGGCCGCCAAGACGCUGGAGAUCUCUAACUACAAGAACACGAUCGGCUCACUCAAACGCUUGAUUGGGCGUUCUUAUUCCGAUCCCGAGAUUCAAGAGAUUGAGAAGAAGUUUAUCACCGCUCAACUUGCAGACGUAAACGGGUCUGUCGGUGUUAAGGUCAACUACCUUGGCGAGCCAGAGGUUUUUUCGGUGACUCAGCUGGCUGCGACAUACUUUGGGAAACUGCGCGAUAUUGCUUCAAAUGAGCUUAAACAGCAAGUUUCGGACGUUGUCAUCGCCGUUCCAGGGCAUUUCACCGAUGCCCAGAGGCGAGCGAUCCUCGAUGCAGCUGCCAUAGCAAGUCUGAACCCUCUUCGUAUCAUUAACGAUUCCACCGCCGUCGCAUUCAGUUAUGGUAUCACUAAGGUUGACCUCCCCGAACUUGACCAACCCUCUCGUAAUGUCGUGUUCAUCGACAUUGGUCACUCCGAUUACACCGUCGCCGUUGUCGGCUUCAACAAGGGUCAGCUAGUCGUUAGGUCCACUGCCUACGAUCGACAUUUCGGUGGUCGUGAUCUGGAUUACGCUCUUGUUCAUCACUUUGCCGAAGAGUUCAAAGGAAAAUACAAGAUUGACGUCCUUUCAAAUCCCAAGGCCACUUUCCGACUUGCCGCGCAGUGUGAGCGACUCAAGAAGGUUUUGUCGGCCAACGCGGAAGCUCCACUUUCUGUUGAAUCAAUUAUGAAUGAUAUCGAUGCACAGUCAAAACUCAAGCGCGAGGACUUUGAACAGUUCAUCGCUAGUCUUCUUGAUCGCGUGACAGCACCAUUAGAGGAGGCACUGAAGGAAGCUGACCUCGGGGUCGAAGAUAUUCACUCCGUCGAACUUGUCGGAGGAACGACUCGUGUGCCCGCCAUUCGGGAACGUAUCAAGCAGUUCUUCGGCAAACCUAUAUCGAACACCCUCAAUGCCGAUGAGGCCGUUGCUCGUGGUGCUACUUUCUCUUGCGCACAAUUAUCACCAGCUUUCCGCCUUAAAGAGUUCUCUAUCACGGACAUCGCGACAUAUUCCAUUGGCAUCCAAUGGGAGCACGCCGAGGGCGAUACUGAUGGUGACACUUCCCUGGUCGCUUUCCCUCGCGGUAAUCACACACCUUCUACAAAAGUCCUCACUUAUUCCCGAAGUUCGACAUUCGAACUUGAGGCUGUUUACGCGGAAACUUCGAAGCUACCCGGAAGGAUCAACCCAUGGAUUGGCAAGGUGUCCGUCAAAGACCCAUCACCGACUGGGGAGCUUGUCACUGUGAAGGUCAAGACUAGACUCAACGCCAAUGGCUUGUUGUCCUUUGAAGGGGCAUACACGCAGGAGGAGAACGAGGAAGAGCUGCCUCCAGCUGCUGAGGGCGAAGAGCCCCAAAAGAAGAAGAAGGUCACCAAGCGCAAUCUUUCUUUCGUCGCCUCCUCAGUAGCAACCGAGCCUUCCAUUACUGCAAACUUGCGGGAGCAGGAGAACAGCAUGCAUGCCAGUGACAAGCUCGUUUCAGACACUGAGGAGCGGAAGAAUGCUCUAGAAGAGUAUGUUUACGAUAUGCGUUCGAAGAUUGAAGGCAAAUAUCGAUCAUAUGUACAACCUGCUGAAGUUGAGAAGCUCAAGGUUGCGCUCAACGAAGCUGAGGAGUGGCUUUACACUGAGGAAGGCGAGGAUGCUGCCAAGUCGGCAUAUGUUGCUCGCCUGGACGCACUCCACACUCUCGGCGAUCCCGUCGCGAAGCGCUACAUCGAAGCAGAGAACCGUGCCCGUGUCAUCUCUAAACUCCGCGAGACUAUCGACACCUACAUCACCUAUGCUACCGGUAACGAUGAGAAAUACGAUCAUAUAGACCCGAAGGAGAAGGAGACCGUCGUAGAGAAAAGUGCGAAUAUUCAGAAGUGGCUUGAUGAUAAUGUCGCUCGUCAGGCGGAGCGACCCUUGAACGUUGACCCUGUGUUGACAGAGGAAGAGGUGGAAAAGAAACGACAGGAGCUUAUCUAUUUCGCCACCCCGAUCUUUAGCAAACUUAAGCCCAAGCCAAAGACGGAGACGCCGCCUCAAGGUCAACAACCUCCGAACGGGGACAGUACACCCAGUGGCCAGCAAACACCAGCAGAAAAUGCCAACAAUAAUGUCAACAAUAAUGAGCCAACGGAGAUGGACAUCGAUUAG